AUGGGCUCAUCAGAAACACCUCUCAAGCUUCCCAUCACAGAUUUUUCCAAGCAAGCCUUCACUCUAGGCUCCAAAGAGUGGGAAACAGUGAGAACCCAAGUCCACAAUGCACUGGAAGAGUAUGGUUGCUUCGAGGCCUUGCUUUACAAAGUCCCUCAACACAUUCGAAAGUCCAUAUUUCAAUCAAUGGAAGAACUUUUCAACCUCCCUUUAAAAACCAAAAUGCAGAAUGUUUCCAAAAAAACCCUACCUUGGCUAUGUUGGCCACCCCAUGGUGGCACUAUAUAUGAGAGCAUCGGGGUUGAUGAUGUCAACGUCUAUGAACAAGCAUGGACAAAUGGUAGACUGCAUUCUCCAUAUCAUAGAUUGAUGAUGAGUGGAAAUGAGGCUAGGUACUCAACUGGAUUGUUCUCUAUCCCUAAAGAAGGCUACAUAAUAAAAGCCCCAGAGGAGGUUGUGGAUGAAGAGCACCCUUUGCUCUUUAAGCCCUUUGAUCAUGUUCAAUUUCUUGGGUUCUAUUAUUCAGAGGCUGGGCAGAGAGCUCACUCUGCUUUGAAGACUUAUUGUGGUGUCCAAGACUUUGCCUUUUCUAAUUAGCAAAUUGCAAUUUCAAUCAGUCUCUUUCUUUGUGCAAUAUGUGUUCUCAAAAAAAAAAAUG